AUCCGGAGCGCGAGCGUCCUACUUUAUAACCCGAUCUGAAACGAACCGGAGCGGAGGAAGAGACGAUGGCCGCGAAGCAGCCUCCAUCCGGCGAUGGCUUGGCCUCGCAGAUGGCUGGCAUGUCCAAGAGCCAGCUCUACGAAAUUAUGCGCCAGAUGAAGAUUCUGAUCGAUCAGAACCAGCAGCAGGCGAAGAGGAUCCUCAUUGAAAACCCUCUCUUGACGCGGGCUCUCUUCCAGGCACAAAUUAUGCUGGGAAUGGUGCAGCCUCCUCAAGUGAUGCCUACCAUCCAGCAGGCUUUGUCACAACCACAAUCAGCACAGGUGGUGCAGCAGCCAAAUGUUCAAACUGCUCAAUCAUUGCCAGUACAAGCUGGAAUGCAGGGUCAAGCUAGUUUACCUCAAUCCUCUGUAUCUGUUAAACAGCAACAUCCUACUCAACCCUCCAUUGCAUUGCCAUCUGCUUCAGUUCCUCCAUUGAAUUUUCAGUCGCAGACCAUGCAAUCAAAUCCCCCACAUUCAGCACAGCAGACUAAGAGUUUUCUGAACACUCAAGCUCCUUUAUCACUUCCACAAUCUUCCCAGAUUCAUAAUCUUACUCUACCCCCUCCUGCUCCUCCACAUUACUCUAUACUUCCAUCCCAUAUGCCUAUUGUUUCUGGCCAGACACAACAACCUCUGCAGACUGCUGGAUUAUUUAAUCAGCCACUGCAGCCACCUUGGCCACAACAACCUAGGCCACCUUCCAUGCAGCCUUUAUCUCAUCAGCUUCAUUCACAGAUGCCUCAUGCUCUUGGUUUUCAACCAUCAAGUGCACAUCAACAGCUCUUGUCCCAUCCUAUGUUUCAUUCAGGUAGCAAUCCUCCAUCUUCUUUCUCCCAAGGACAACCACCGCUACCAAGUCAACCGCCACCCCAGCAGCUCUAUCAGGGUGGUCCACAUAUAGGUCAGGAUUAUAGCAAUCAAGCCGGGACCUCCAUUCAAGCUGAAAGAGGGGCUGCUUGGGCACCCAGCCUGCCUGAAAAAGCAGCUUCUGGGGCCCAGCUACCGGGACCAGUGCCAUUGGUUUCUGGGCAGACUGCCUCUGGCGCAGGUGGUCAGCCACCUUGCCCACCACCGCUGACUCCUGAGAUGGAGAAAGCUUUGCUUCAGCAAGUCAUGAGCCUUACCCCGGAACAGAUCAAUCUUCUGCCUCCUGAGCAAAGACAUCAGGUGCUUCAACUACAGGAAAUGUUAAGACAGUGAUGAAAUUGGCGCUUCGUGCAGCGUGGAAUGGCUUUAUUGAAAAGAUAUGCAGUAUAACGCUUGAGAGUAAGGAUCAGCUUUUACAGUGAGGGGGAGUGGCUUUUUCAGGCCCUUCUCAAUUGAGCUGUUCUUGACAACUGCUUGCUAACCUAUCCGUGAUCUAGGUUUCUUUCUAUAAGGUACAGAGCCUAUAAUAUCUAUUGAUAUUGAUCUUCUGUUAGUGUUUUUGUGUCACUCAGGUUCGUCUCAUGUUUGUUAUUUGGAACAUCAAGUAUUAAAUCCGUUGCCUUUUGUUUUUGGACUUUUUUCAAAAUGUGUGCUAAGACCAGUGAGUGAAGGCAUUAUUGUAAGGGUAGCCAACAACUUUUGUCCAGCUAGACUAAAGCUGGCUUUGUGGGUAAACUUAUGCUACCUAUCAAUGGUCAAUAACCGUAUUUAUAAAUCUUGUUAGAUCCUUUCUCACGACUUUU